AUGGCCGGACGCUCCCAGAGCUACUGGGCGAUCGCCUUUGGCAUGAUCGCCUGGAGCCUUCUCCUCUUCAGCCCCCUCGCACUCGUCUCGAGCGUGAAUGCGCAGGAUACGGAGCAAGACUACGGAACUGUUAUCGGUAUUGAUUUGGGAACCACAUACUCUUGCGUCGGUGUGAUGCAAAACGGCAAGGUCGAGAUUCUCGUCAACGACCAAGGAAACCGAAUUACCCCCUCAUACGUCGCCUUCACCGAGGAAGAACGGUUAGUCGGAGACGCCGCCAAACAACAGGCGGCCGGCAACCCAUACAACACCAUCUACGACGUCAAGCGAUUCAUUGGCCGCAAGUGGGAGGAGAAGACCCUCCAGAACGAUCUCAAGCACUUCCCCUACAAGGUUAUCCAGAAAGAUGGCAAGCCCACCAUUCAGGUCGACGUUCAGGGCUCCCCCAAGAAGUUCACUCCCGAAGAAAUCUCUGCCGUCAUUCUUGGCAAGAUGAAGGAGGUUGCCGAGUCGUAUCUGGGCAAGAAGGUUACCCACGCCGUCGUCACUGUUCCCGCCUACUUCAACGAUAACCAGAGACAAGCCACCAAGGACGCUGGCGUCAUUGCCGGUCUGAAUGUGCUGCGUAUCGUCAACGAGCCUACUGCCGCCGCUAUUGCCUACGGUCUGGACAAGACCAACGGCGAGCGUCACAUCAUUGUUUACGACUUGGGUGGCGGUACCUUCGAUGUCUCCCUUCUGUCCAUCGACGACGGUGUCUUUGAGGUCCUGGCUACUGCUGGUGACACCCAUCUUGGUGGUGAGGAUUUCGAUCAGCGAAUCAUCAACCACCUGGCCAAGUCGUACAACAAGAAGAACUCGGUCGACAUCAGCAAGGAUCUGAAGGCCAUGGGUAAACUGAAGCGCGAGGCCGAAAAGGCCAAGCGAACCCUCUCUUCCCAGAAGACCACCCGCAUUGAGAUCGAGGCUUUCUUCGAGGGCAACGACUUCUCCGAGACCCUGACUCGCGCCAAGUUCGAGGAGCUGAACAUGGAUCUCUUCAAGCGAACUCUGAAGCCCGUCAAGCAGGUUCUCGAGGACGCCAAGAUGAAGAAGGACGAGAUCGACGACAUCGUGCUGGUUGGUGGUUCCACCCGUAUCCCCAAGGUUCAGGAGCUUCUCGAGGAGUUCUUCAAUGGCAAGACGGCUAGCAAGGGUAUCAACCCCGAUGAGGCUGUCGCUUUCGGAGCUGCUGUUCAGGCUGGUAUUCUCUCCGGUGAGGAGGGCACUGGAGACCUCGUGCUCAUGGAUGUCAACCCCUUGACCCUUGGUAUCGAGACCACCGGUGGUGUCAUGACCAAGUUGAUUCCCCGCAACACUGCAAUCCCCACUCGCAAGAGCCAGAUCUUCUCCACCGCCGCCGACAACCAGCCCGUGGUCUUGAUCCAGGUAUUCGAAGGCGAACGUUCCAUGACCAAGGACAACAACAACCUCGGAAAGUUCGAGCUGACCAACAUUCCCCCUGCGCCUCGUGGUGUCCCUCAAAUUGAGGUCUCUUUCGAGCUCGACGCCAACGGUAUUCUCAAGGUUUCGGCCCACGACAAGGGCACUGGAAAGACCGAGUCCAUCACCAUUACCAACGACAAGGGUCGUCUUACCCCCGAAGAGAUCGAGCGCAUGGUCGCCGAGGCUGAGAAGUAUGCCGAGGAAGACAAGGCUACCCGUGAGCGCAUUGAGGCCCGAAACGGUCUUGAGAACUACGCUUUCAACCUGAAGAACCAAGUCAACGAUGAGGAUGGUCUUGGUGGCAAGAUCGACGAGGAUGAGAAGGACACUCUUCUGGAGGCUGUCAAGGAGACCACCGACUGGCUUGAGGAGAACGCCGCUGAGGCUUCCGCCGAGGACUUCGAAGAGCAGAAGGAGAAGCUGUCCAACGUCGCGUACCCCAUCACCUCCAAGAUGUACAGCGGUGCUGGUGGCGAGGCUGAGGACGAUGAGCCCCUGGACCACGAUGAGUUGUAG